AAGUCGCCGUUGUCCGGGGAGACGCAGCCGGGCCGGAGCGGCGCCGAGGAUGUGGCGGGUGCUGCUGCUGCUGGCCUGGCUCAGCCGGGCCUUCCCUGAGGGGGCCGUGACGGAGCAGAGCGCUGGCGGGCAGCCCCUCACCCCCGACGGCAGCUCUGAGCCGGUGCGGUACCGGACCGCGGAGAUGGCAGACGCCAUGCUGGGCAGCGGGCACCCUGCGGAGCAGGCAGUGCUGCUCUCCGUGGUGCCGGGGGAGGAAAGGGACAGCCAGGCGUCCGCACUCGCCAAGGAGGCUUGCGAUACGGCGGCCGGGGGCGAAGGGUGCAGCCCCGCGGUUCCUCUGGGGAAGGGCCGGGAACAGGCCGGGCUGGAGACGGUGCUGCCAGCGCCCGGCGAUGAGGUGAACGGCACCGACAGCGCCAAAGUUCCCAAAGUGAACUGCGAGGAGAGGAACAUCACCGGCAUCGAACGCUUCACGCUGCAGAUCCUGAACGUCUCCCAGGACCUGAUGGAACUGUUGAACCCCAACAGCAGUGACUGUACCUUAGUCUUGUUCUACACUCCCUGGUGCCGUUUUUCUGCCAGCCUGGCACCUCAUUUUAACUCUUUACCUCGAGCUUUUCCAACUCUUCGCUUCCUGGCACUGGAUGCUUCACAGCACAGCAGCUUGUCAACUAGAUUUGGAACUGUGGCUGUACCAAAUAUCCUCCUUUUCCAAGGUGCCAAACCUAUGGCUAGGUUUAAUCAUACAGACAGAACGCUGGAAACACUCAAAGACUUCAUCUUUAAUCAGACAGGUAUAGAGGCUAAAAGCGACGUGGCUGUGACAGAGGCAGACUGGGAAGGGCCCCUGCCCAGUGUCAUGACCAAAGGCAUAGACUGGCUGCUUCUCUUCUCCUUGCUCUUCUUGGCCACUUUUGUCAUGUACGCUACCAUUCGGACAGAGAGCAUCAGGUGGCUGAUCCCAGGGCAGGAGCAUGAACAUCAGGAAUAAUCUGAGAUGCUAAAAUAGGGAUGUAAUUCCCCACUGAUGGGUAAAGUCCACUGAGCAUGUAUGGACUUGGAAGUAUAAAAGAAUGAAGUGCUGAAUUUGUUGGAUGUCAUUUAUAACCUUGACUAAAAAUCUGCUUUAUUUAUCAACUCCUGGAUCAGCAAAAAGGAAAUUUGUGGCAAUUAAUGUGGUAAGUAAACA